AUGACUGCAAAAAAGCAAGUAUCACCAUGGCAGUCGAUACUUGCAGGAGCCGCAGGAGGCGGAUGUGAGAGCAUGAUCACGUAUCCAACCGAAUAUCUCAAAACUCGCCAACAACUUUUCAAAGGCAGCGCCCAAAGGCCCUCUGCAAUCAAGCUUCUGACGUCGACCAUCACCGAGCAUGGCAUUCGAGUCUUAUACACUGGAAGCGGUGCCUAUUGCAUCUCAAAUGCAUCCAAAUCCGCUAUCCGCUUCUUCACUUUCGACAGCGCCCGCAAACUCAUGCCCGUGGACACAUCUGGGAAGACGACACCACUGGGCAAUAUGUGCGCAGGUCUGAUGGCCGGGGUAGCCGAAGCAGUGGCAGUCGUUACACCAGGCGAGACGAUCAAAACCAAAAUGAUUGAUGAUCGAGCAGGACCAAGAUUGUACAAGUCCACGGCCCAUGGUAUCGUUUCAAUCUUAAAGCAAGACGGGUUGGCGGGUAUAUACCGCGGAGUGAUUCCUGUGACUCUAAAGCAGUCUGCCAAUGCGAUGGUGAGGUUUACGAGCUACAAUAUGCUUUUGAAUCAGAUGGAGAAGGUGACAUCGCAAAAGUCGGUAAAUACUGUUGUUGCUGGCGCAAUGGCAGGCGUCGUGACUGUUUAUUCAACGAUGCCCUUUGAUUCCAUCAAGACAAGGCUACAAGCUGUUGAUGGACAUCAGCGGUAUAGAGGCUCGUUGGAUUGUGUGAGGUCUAUCAUUUCUCAGGAGGGUGCUACUGCCUUAUGGCGAGGUACAACCCCUCGACUGGUCCGGCUAAGUGUUUGUAACCCUUUGACCUAG